AUGGAGUUUUUCGAUCCGAAAACCAGGAUAUGGGAGAAUGCGCCAAGCCCUGGAGGAGAGAUACGUUGGAGAUGGACGUAUAUAUCGGGAAUCUUUGCCUUGGAAGGAAAUCUCCACGUGGUUGGUGACAAGCUUCACAUGAAUGUGGUUUACAAGCCUAAAGAAAACAAAUGGGAUAUGGUAGGGUUUCGGAAGUGUUUGGGUUUGAGUUCGGGUUCGAAAUCUUCUUGCAUGAUAGAUAACGUAACAUACACUUACACUCAUGAACCGUCUAGAAGGAUUGAGAUCAGAUGGUACUCUAAGGAAAGAUCAUCAGGGAGAGCUGUGAAAGGUUUGGAGAGACUGCCUAAGGUGCCAGAUGAUUGUGGUUGUGUUAGGUUGGAGAAUUAUGGUGGAAAGCUUGCGGUUUUAUGGGAAGAGAAUGUCCGGUCUUUUGAUUCUACUUCUACCAAGAAGAAGAUGGUUUGGUGUGCUGUGAUUGCGAUUGAAAGGGGCAACAACGUGCAUGAGGUUUUUGGGAAGGUCGAGUGGUGUGAUGUUGUGGUUAGAGUGGCCAAGUCAUGUUCUCUCGAGCAUUUAAUUAUUACUACUGUUUGA